AUGGCCUCCAACUCCACCAAGGUCAAAUCCCAGGGAGGCAUCCUCGAAGGCAGCAACCCCACCCAUUAUGACUCCUCCAAUCCCAUCAUCAUCUUCAUCAUCCAGGCUGGCAUCAUCAUCAUUUUUUGUCGCCUGCUGCACUGGCCUCUCUCGAAAAUUCGCCAGCCUCGUGUGAUUGCAGAGGUCAUCGCAGGGGUCCUGUUGGGUCCCUCGGUCAUGGGCCGCAUUCCCGGCUUCACCGAAGCCAUCUUUCCCACGGCAUCCAUCCCCAACUUGAACCUGGUCGCCAAUCUAGGUUUGGUGUUGUUUCUCUUUCUCGUUGGGCUGGAAACCAACCUGCGCUUCCUGGUCAGCAACUGGCGGGUGGCAGUCAGUGUAUCGGCUGCAGGGAUGGUCCUGCCUUUUGGUCUGGGCUGCGCCAUCGCCUAUGGCCUGUACAACACCUUUCAGAAUGAGCCCGACACGGUCGAUGUCAACUUUGGCACCUAUCUGCUCUUCAUCGGCAUUGCCAUGGCCAUCACCGCCUUUCCCGUCUUGUGUCGCAUCUUAACCGAGCUCAAGCUGCUGGGAACCAACGUCGGCGUCAUCGUGCUCUCGGCUGGGGUUGGAAACGAUGUCGUUGGCUGGAUUCUGCUCGCCCUUUGCGUCGCCCUCGUCAAUGCUGGCACCGGUCUGACCGCACUCUGGGUAUUGCUCGUCUGCGUCGGCUAUGUGCUGUUCCUCAUCUUCGUCUUCCGUCCGCUGUUCCUGCGCUUCCUCCGCCACACGGGCAGUCUGCAAAAAGGCCCCAGUCAGUCGGUGGUUGCCAUCACCCUGCUGAUCGCGCUGGCCUCUGCCUUUUUCACCCAAAUCAUCGGCAUCCACGCCAUUUUCGGUGGCUUCAUCAUCGGCCUGCUGUGUCCCCACGAGGGCGGCUUUGCCAUCAAGCUGACCGAAAAGAUCGAGGACCUUGUCGCCGCGCUCUUCCUGCCGCUGUACUUCACCCUGUCCGGCCUGCAAACCAACCUGGGCCUCCUCGACACUGGCACCGUCUGGGGCUACGUGAUCGGCAUCAUCGCCAUCGCGUUUACCGCCAAGGUGGCUGGUGGCGCCCUUGCCUCGAAACUCUGCGGUCUUCUCUGGCGCGAGAGCUUGUCUAUCGGCGUGUUGAUGAGUUGCAAGGGUCUGGUCGAGCUGAUCGUCUUGAACAUCGGUCUGCAAGCACGCAUCCUCAGCACGCGCACCUUCACCAUGUUUGUGGUCAUGGCUCUCGUCACCACCUUCGCGACCACCCCACUGACCGUCGCCCUGUACCCCAAAUGGUACCAGACCAAAGUCGAGCGCUGGCGUCGCGGCGAGAUCGACUGGGCUGGCAACCCCAUCCAAUCUGACUCGCGCAUCGACAGCGUUGCCGUGGUCAAAGAGCAACAACGAUCUCUCCCCGUCCGCAAACUCCUCGUCUACCUCCGCCUAGACGGGCUCUCCAGCAUCUGCACCCUCGCAGCCCUCCUCAGCCCCAACCGACCCCCGACCCCCAAGCAGCACCCCGACACCCUCGCCUCGACCGAACCUGCUGCGGAAGAAACCGCCGCCACCGAAAUCGACGACCCCCCAACCCUCCAAGUCCACGGCGUCCGUCUCCUCGAACUCACCGACCGCGACUCCAGCGUCAUGAAGGUCUCCGAACUGGACCACUCCUACCCCCUCUGGGACCCCGUCGUCAACACCUUCCGCGCCUUCGGCCAAUGGCACGACUUGUCCAUCCUGGCCGGCGUCUCCGUCGUCCCCGAACACUCCUACGCGGACACCGUCGUCGGCCUCGCCCGCGACGAUUCCACCGAUCUGCUGCUCCUCCCCUGGAGCGAGACCGGCUCCAUGGCCGAACACGCCCACCACACCACCACCUCCCUCCCUCUCGACGACCGCUUCACCCCUUCCGCCCCAUACACCGACUUCGCCGCCAGCGUGCUCUCCCACUCCCCCUGCAACGUCGGCCUUCUCAUUGAACGCACUCCGCAACGCCGUCUCCGUGAUCCUCCCUCCCUCGGCGCCCUCAGCAUCCACAGCCGCACCAACCCUCUUCCUCCCCCACCUCCACCCACCGCACGAGCCCACCACAUCCUCCUCCCUUACUUCGGUGGCCUCGACGACCGCUUCGCCCUCCGCUUCAUCCUCCAAUUACUCCGCAACGACCAAGUCACGGCGACAAUCAUCCACGUCGAACUUCCCCGGCAGUCGUCCACUUCCCCAACCCCGACCCAAACAUCAUCCUCCAAAACUCCCCCCAAAACAUCAACAAACCUCAACCCCCGAGACGACUCAGACGCUAUCUACCUCGCUGCGUUGCGGGAUUCUCUUGACGAGGAAAUCACCUCGCGCGUGGUCUUUCGCUCCUUGGACCUGAGCGAUACUGGGAAAGAAGACGUCCUGGGGAAGGUAGUUGGCCAUGUCCGCGAGGAAAUGGGUAGGUUGGGCUCGUCUCAGCGGGCAGGGAAUCUGGUCGUCGUGGGACGGGGAAAUCGUGAAAGUGAGGUAUAA